CUGGUGGUGAUGAUUGGUGAGGCAAGGAAGCACACAGCACCAAUGCAUGCCUACAUUUUCAGAAAGAAAACCAAAUUCUGACGAAAGUCAUAUUAUGACCGUCUCAUGAUCAUGCAAAUUGUUGCCUGUUUCAUGACCAUAUGCCAUUAAAGAAUGAAUAGGGGGUUGCAGAUUGUUGGCCGAAAACGUUACAACAGUAUCUGAGAGGUAGGGUGAGCCACAUUGCUAGCACAUGCAUGCGGCCUGUGGUUGCUGCAUUUCAAAUCUAAGCCUAUCUAGCUAUAGCUUCCCUCAUUCUCUUCUUACAAAUAGAGGUUCAAUGUACAAUGGAAGUCCUUCAAGCAUCGGUACUUGUGUAUUUUGUGAGGGAUUUGCUUGCACUUGAACACAAGUGAAAUAUGGCAGCCUCAUCUGAACUGCAUGUUGUGCAUCAGCCUGUUAGGUCAAUUAGCUUGCCCACUAGACUACACCCUUGUUCUGUUAGACUCGAAUCAAUACUAAACCGCCUAAAGUCCUGUCAAAUUUCAUCAUCUUCAACUACGGCCCCUUUCAAAACUGAGAGUAUUCAACCUAGUCUAGCUGGCCUUGCUGAGUUUUUUAGUUGUCUGGAGGAACUCAUUCACUCUCCUCUCACUCAACAAGCUCUUCUGCGCCAUGAAAAUGGAAAGCUGGUGGAAGAAAUUCUAGGAGGUUCACUCACAUUGCUGGACACAUGCGACACUUCAAGGAAUAUUGUCUGUACAAUGAAGGAACAUGUCCAGUCCCUGCAGUCGGCUUUACGUAGAAAGGGUGUAGAUUCAAGAAUUGAAAGUGAUAUUCAUGCUUACAUGCGCUUUAGAAAGAACGUGAAAAAGGACAUUGCUAAGUGCCUUAAAGCAUUGAAGCGAAUGGGAAACACAGUUGAUUCCGCUCCAGUACUCUUACAUUUUGAUCACCAUCUAUCAAUGGUGGUCAGAGUUCUAAAAGAGGCAAGCGCAAUCUCCCUCUCCAUUUUCCGAUCUCUUUUAUUGUUCCUGUCCGUUCCAAGGAUGAAGAUAGAUGGACGGUGUUCGAUGACUUCAAGAUUAAAGUGCCUGAGAUUAUUGCCUUCCGAGAAAGAACAGAAGAUUAUCAAUGUGGUGGGAUGUGUUGACCUUGCUCUUUCUUCCCUCCAUGGGCAUCUUAUAAGACAUAAUGAUGACGCCAAGGCUGACAUUCAACUGGCGCAAAGGAAGUUGGAGACACUCCAUCUUAAUAUUGACGACAUUGAGGACGGAUUAGAUUGCAUAUUUAGGUGUUUAGUCCGAAAUAGAGUGUCUUUCUUGAACAUCCUUGCUCAUUAAGGAGGCUAUCAAGUUUUUUGUAAAUAUCUCAGAUUGUCCAUAUUCAUUGUUCCACAAUUUCCAAACCCAAUUUCUAUGAGAAAUUACAGUAAUAGAGAAGUAUUUGGAGAACAAGUUUCUCUCUUUUCAUUCACUUUUUCACGUAUCUCUUUCUAAUUUUUACCUUUGUUACCGAUCUUUAUGUGCAAGAUCUGCCUAAAUUCAAAAAUCUCAUCUUUAGCAUCCAAUCAUAGCAAGUAUUAUGGAAGUUAGAAGUAUGAAAAUCUGUUGAGGAAUGAAAAUUUCCUUUAUUCUGAUAGCUGUGCUCAGAUAAAACGCAAAAAGUUUUUAUAAUACUUGUAAUCAUUUUCUGGGUGCUGGUAAUAGGUAGGGAGUUAGGGACCCCU